AUGAGCUCUCUCACCAUCGACCCCAACCUAGCUGCACUUGCAGCCAUUGCGUUGUUCGCCUCUUUCAUAUACUUCCGCAAGCCUAUUCGGAACCCUCCAGGACCGCCUGGAUUGCCGCUGAUUGGCAACAUCCUUGACUUCCCGAAAAAGGAGUCAUGGAAGGGGUAUCUCGAGUGGGGACGUCAAUACAACAGUGAUAUCCUCCUCAUGAAAGUUCCUGGAACGCGAUUCUACAUCCUGAACUCGAUCAAGGUUAUUCAAGACUUGCUCGUUAAGAGAUCCAACAUCUACUCGAACAGGCCACACUCUACGAUGAUAAACGACCUUAUUAAAACUACCUGGUUGAUUGUCUUCAUGAACACGGACGAACGGUGGAAAUUGCAUCGCCAUCUCUUCCGAAGAGAAUUCGACAGCAUCGAGACUACUCCCGCGAACAGAUCUCACGCCCUCCGGGCUUCUAGAAGGCUCCUUCGUCGUCUUCUGACGACCUCAGAUCAUGAGGGCGAGCUCAGAUUGGCGGCUGUUGACUCGAUUCUUUCUGUGACGUAUGGCAUAACUCCCACCAGCUUCGAACAUCCUUUCAUCAAAGUCACUGGGAAAAUUAAUGCGAUCUUCGCCGACGUUGCUCGGGGAGCCUAUUUCAUUGACCGUUUCCCGGUUAUGAAGUACCUCCCAAAGUGGUUCCCCGGCCUCAGGUUCCACGAUAUCGCAGACACGGCCAAAGAAUAUGCCAAGGAAGUCGUCGCAGGCCCUUACGAGGAAAUCAAAGCUCAAGUGAACAACGGUACUGCUGUGUCAUCUGUUGCAUCUCGCUUCAUCUCCGCGCUCCAAGAUGGCGCGCAGCUGUCGAAGGAGGAAGAAGACGCUACCCGUAAUGUCCUGGCAAACGCGUAUCUUGCUGGUUCUGACACGUCCAUUGGAGUCUUAUACAACUUCGUUCUUGCAAUGGCAAUUCAUCCAGAGGUCCAAAAGAAGGCUCAGAAAGAGCUGGACAACCUCAACGGAGACCACCGCCUCCCCGACUUCUCUGACUUCGAACAUCUCCCCUAUCUUGCGGCAGUUGUCAACGAGGUCUUCAGAUGGCACCCUGUCACUCCGUUUGCGGUUUAUCACGUUUCGACCGAAGACGACACCUACAAAGGCUACCACAUUCCCAAGGGCUCUAUCAUAGUUCCGAAUGCAUACGCCGUACUGCGCGACGAAAAUAUUUUUGGCCCAGACACGGACAGUUUCAAUCCCGAGAGAUUCAUGGCAGGUACCAGCGGAAAGAGGACUCCUGAAUUCAUAGACGUCGACACUGCGUUUGGAUUCGGUAGACGUGCCUGUCCCGGACGAUUCAUCGCUCGCGAUACCAUCUGGAUUUUGGCAGCGUCGAUCUUGUCGGCUUAUGAAAUUUCUGAAGCCUACGACAUGGAAGGAAAGAAGAUUACGCCUGACAGCCCGUUGGAGUAUACAAACGCCAUGAUUAGCUUUGCACCGAAAUUCAAGGUAUCCUUCAAGCGCAGGAUUCCAGAGAGUAUGAUCCACGAUGGCAUUCUCAACUAG